AUGGCGACCCGUAUGUCAGCAACUCCGCUGCCAGCAACGAACGGCGAGACCCACGCGCGGGGUCCUCAAGGCACCACAUCGAGCGAAACUCCUACAACACCUGCGCCCUCCGUGAAUCGCAAGAAGCAGAAGCGUCGACAAAAACAAGCUGCCCGCUUAGCCGCGGAGCAUCCAGACACUUGCGCCGCCGGAGAUGCGGACAUGCUAGCAACAGAUGAGCAUCACUCGGGCGACGAAGACCACGAAUAUGACCUCGCAAAUCACGACCAUACAGCGGCAGGUGGUACUUACGGAUAUGCGUCACCGCAACACGCCCGCGGACCACCCACGAUGAAUGGACCCGAGGACCACCAAGCUACUUCAGGCGAGACAUCGAAAAGGAAGAAAAAUAGGAAAGGCCGAUCUAACUCACACAAUAUCGCUGAUCGAAGCUCAACUCCGCUUUCAAACCCCUCCGCCACAUACUCUCACCCCCCGCCUCCCCCUCAAGCCAUGCCAUACAUCAGUCGAUUCACCGGAAAGCCUAUGAAAACUAGCAGCAUCUGGAACCAGUCGACCCUAGAAGAACGCGAAAAUAUCAGGACGUUCUGGUUUGAGCUCGGCGAAGAAGAGCGACGUCAGCUUGUCAAGGUCGAAAAGGAUGCUGUUCUGAAAAAAAUGAAGGAACAACAAAAGCACUCUUGCAGUUGUACAGUUUGUGGAAGAAAACGAACCGCAAUUGAAGAGGAGCUUGAAGUUCUCUAUGACGCAUACUACGAAGAGCUGGAACAAUAUGCGAACAAUAAUCAAGGCGCAUUUGAUGAAGGAGCUCCCAUUAUUCCUCCCCCUCGACUUUAUCAACCACCUCUUCGAUCACCAGGGCAACAUACUCGAACGCAGGGCCAGUUUCAUCCAUCACGGAGCCGGGUUGAGGAGUUACCCGAAGAUGAAGACGACGAGGAAGAGGAUUAUGAUGAGGAAGAUGAAGAGGAGGAUGAGGAAGAUGAUGAGGAAGAGGAGGACGAGGAUGACGAGGAGCUUUACAGUGAUGAUGAUCUGGAGGAUGACGAAGCUCGAGCAGCCCGCGCUGAUUUCUUUGCAUUUGGUAACAGUCUAACUGUAAAAGAUGGAAUCCUUACAGUUGCAGAUGAUCUGCUAAAAAACGAUGGCAAGCACUUUAUCGAUAUGAUGGAGCAAUUGGCCGAACGGAGAAUGCAAAGAGAGGAAGAUACACAAUACGGAAUAGCUGCUGCUCAUCAGUCUUUCCAUGGGCACAAUCAUGGUCCUUUAGAUGAUGAUGAUUAUGACGAUGAGGAAGACGAUGAGGAUUAUGAUAGUCAGGAGGAGGAAGAGUUUGAUGAGGACGAAAUGGAUGCUAUGACCGAGGAACAACGCAUGCAGGAAGGACGACGGAUGUUCCAAAUAUUCGCCGCACGAAUGUUUGAGCAACGAGUCAUGACGGCAUAUCGAGAAAAAGUCGCGGAACAGCGCCAAAAACAGCUAAUUGACGAGCUCCUUCAAGAGGAGACGUUGAAUGAGCAACGUAAUGCUAAAAAGGCCAGGGAAGCGCAAAAGAAGAAGGAUAAGAAGCGAUUGCAAAAACAAGCAAAGGAAGAGGAGAAAGCCCGCCGUGACGCCGAGAAGGCAGCUGAAGAGGCUGCUCUCAAGGCUGCGCAAGAGAAGAAACUCGAGGAACAGCGACUGAAACGUGAAGAGCAGCGAAAGAAACGCGAAGCCGAAAGGAAGGCCCAAGAGGAAGAGCGUGCUCGCAAAGAAGCUGAGAAGCAACGACGGCUCAGAGAAGAACGGGAACGACAAGCCGAAGCUGAACGCAAGCAACGGGAACAAAAAGAGGAGAAGAGGAAGCGAGAGGAAAUCAAACGCAAGGAAAAGGAAGAGCUGGAGAAGAAAGCUAAAGAGGAGCGUGAGCGCAAAAUGCGUGAAGAGCAGGCAAGGAAAGACCGAGACGCUGCCCGAGAGCAGGAAAUCCGAGAUCGCGGUGGAAAGCGCGAACAAGUCAGAACCUCGCCACCUCAUACUCUGCCAGGCGUUAUCCCAUACAGUGUUCAAUCUCCUCCCGGUUUCCUACAGUCUCCUCAUCAUCCUAUGGCGACACCUGUUAUUCCCAAGGUCUCGACACCGGGAAGAGCACGCCAACAGUCUCACCAUGGUUCUUCUACAUCUUCUCCUCACUCCCAACCUAAUAGUGCCGAUUCCUCUCACCACCCUUCCAUCUCCCCCCGUUCCAUGGGACAUCCGCAGUCAGGGGCAACUUUCAUUGCUAGGCAAUCUUAUCAACAGCCGCCAUUGCACCAUCCUCAGCCUUCGGCUCCUCUAUCACCUUUAGGGCGCGCCAAUCCUUCAGCAUUCUCAGGUCUUGGUGGUCUACCCUUCAAUCCCCCCGGCAUACCAGGAAUGGCUCCCCGAUCGACUCUUCCCCCAGAAUCGAUGUAUUCGUCGAAUGCUGGCAUGAUGAAUCCUUUGCGACCAUUCAAUGGAUCUGGCGGGAUACCUGUGCCUCCUGGGAUGAAUGGCGUCCGCCCCAUACCACCCGCCCGAGCUUUCCCAGCUGAUCCUGUGCACGGUAUUCCCUUCGCCGGCAACCAUGGAGUGCCCGGCGCAUUCCCUCUACAGCAAAGUGGACUGUCCAAAACCCACUCUAGGCAGCCUUCUAGUUCGUUUGACCGCUCUCCAUUGGAUUCUGGAGCCCAACCAUUCCCCAUCACACGCCCAAGCCCCAUUAAGCGCCCAUCCAGCUCAGCACACGACCGACAGAACAAUGGUAAUGCUUCAGUACAGCGAGAAGUCGAUGGCUUGAGUGCCCAUCUUGGUAGCAGUGCGCUCCUUGAUGACACUGAUGCUACAUAUCCAUCGAAUCUGUCUCAGUCCUUGCCCGGUGCUCCUGCGCCGGGGAUGUUCCCAGGCCCAACAAGAGCGAGCUUCCAAGGAGCUUCGUUGUUCUCGGAUUCUCUUGGAUCACCACACGCUAACUUCGCCAUGGGUUCUCCCAUUUGCAACCCUACAUGGGGCACACCGUUUGGAAGCUCCGCCUUCCCCGGAAGCGCUUCUGCAUGGGGACCCGCUUCGGCCGGAACUGGAUGGCCUCAGAAUAAUGCUUUUGCACCCGGCGGUCAUCACCGGCCGCAUACCUCCCGACCUGUGACAAUUCGCCUGUUGGUCAUCCAAGCAUGCAAGCAUCUCAACUCAAUGACUAGCCCGCAAAAGGGUACUGGAAGUUUCCAUGAUGUGAAUCUUGUUCUCGGCCAGGUAGAGCAGUUGCGCAGUUCCAGUGAACCACCGAUCUCGUUAGAUGAAAUGCUUGAUAUCUGCGACACAGAAGGUAGCCCCCACAAUGGUGGUGGCUCAUUCUCCAUCCGGGAAACCCCGAAUGGUCAAAGUGUCCGGUUCGAGCCUGAUCCCAGCAGCGCUGUAUCUGGUCAUCGGGGCAGCAUUGUGCCUGGCGAUAUUGGCAGCCCGAUCCCUAGUAAUAGCCACCCAGCUCCUUUUAGUGGGUUCGGGGGACCCUCCGUGCUGCGACAGUACUCUUCGCCUCAAACAGGGCUUUUCGGCGGGACUUCUCUAUCCUGA